AUGGUCGCACCCGCCGCGAACAAGCGCGUCAAGAACAAGCGCGUAAGUCGAAACAUAAUAAUCGGCUCAGAAGCCUGGCAGCUCCCUCCCGUAGGCCACCCCGAUCGCCCCAAAAACGUCCCCACAGAUCACACGAAGCGAUGGACUGUCUAUGUGCGGCAACCCGAAGGCGACCCCUCCCUCGCGACCUGGCUAAAUAAAGUGCAAUUCAAAAUCUUCAACACAUACGAGAACCCUCUACGAACAUGCGAGAACCCUCCCUUCGAGGUGACGGAAACAGGUUGGGGAGGAUUCAGCAUAGACAUCAGAUUACAUUUUGUACCCGCGAGUGGGGAGAAGGCACAAUACCGGCAGCACUUCCUGCAGUUGGAGAAGUAUGGGGACGAGGCGAUGCAGGCUGAACAAGAGAAGACAGGCUGUGUACGCUCUGAGUUCUUAGAGGUGGUGCAAUUCAACGAGCCUACGGAGGCGCUAUUCGACGCGCUCACAGCGGAAGAUCAGUGGAAUUACCUAAUGCCCGCGGGCAAGGGCGGGUCUAAGAAGGCGAGCCUGGGCGCGAAUGGUCGGAUGAAGCGGGGCAUGCCGAAUGGGGAGAGGACUGCGCAGUUACCAGAGAAGGGGGCGGAGGAAGUACCGUUUAGUCAAGACCAGGAACAAGCAUUGAUGGAUUUGCUGAAGGGCAAGAUUGAGCAGGUGGAUAAGGAGUUGGAGAAGGAGACGAAGAAGAGGGAGGAGACGGAGAAUAAGCUCAAGGACCUCAGGACUGAAUUGGGGCACGAGGCCGCGCAGCAGGCAGCACACCAGGCUAGUGGAGACAGGAGCCGGAGGAGGUGA